GUGGAAUUUGCUGUGGUUGAUGCUUGCCAAGGGCGUAACGUAGACAUUUGUCUUGUGAGCACAGUGCGUCACAACGCUGACGGUAGCAUCGGUUUUAUGACGUCGUCGCGUCGGGUGUUAAUCAUGCUUAGCAGAGCAAAACAUUACUUGAUCGUU